AUGCCCUGCAUCUGCACAGUCCUUGGCCUCCUGGCGGUCCGUGGCACCAUCGCCUUCCUCGGCUACUGCGUCUACUUUGACCGAAAGAGGCAUGGCAACCCCGUGUUCAAGCUCCGCCUGCGGGAAAAAAGAAGAGCCCAGCAGCAAAAGGCUGAGGGACGGGGCACCCAAUUGUGGGAUCCAGCAAAGAAUGAAAAAUUACAACUUUUUCUGCAAGAGGUACGAAUGGGAGGACUUUGGUUAUCCAGAGGAGACCAACGAAUGGGGGUCAAACAUGUCAGAAAUGCCCUUUUGGUGUUUGGGCAACCACAGGAACCUCUGAAAGUUUUCAAACACACACUUCCUCCUAAGGUAUUUGAGAUGCUGUUGCGCAAAAUUCCGCUUAUCUUCCAGACCCACAGCUAA